AUUUUCUCUCUUUAUAAAUAGUUAUCAUUCUUCUCUCUUGAUCCUAGAGAGGUUUUGGAUUGGAGAAGAGGAAUGGCGGAAUCGAAGAAACCGGAGCUCUUCGAGCUCAGCAAUGGCAAAAUCACUGCCAAAUUGACCAACGUUGGCGCCACCAUCACCUCCCUUCUCAUUCCCGAUGCUAAAGGGGAUCUCGCCGACGUGGCGCUGGGAUUCGACUCCGUUGAUACUUAUCUGGAUGAGAAUCCUGUAUACUUGGGAUGCAUUGUUGGGAGGGUGGCAAAUCGAAUUAAAAAAGGGAAGUUCAAGCUCAAUGGAGUUGAGUACUCCUUGGCCAUCAACAACCCACCCAACAUUCACAGUCUUCAUGGUGGGAAUAAAGGCUUUAACAGGGUAUUAUGGGAUGUUACUGAGCAUAAAACUGGCGAAAACCCAUCUAUCACCUUUAAGUAUGACAGCAAGGAUGGUGAAGAAGGUUAUCCCGGAGAUGUUGCCGUUACCGCAACUUACUCUCUUCCUUCAAGCUCCUCACUGAAAGUAGACAUGGAAGCAGUGCCUCACAACAAAGCUACACCAAUUAGCUUAGCCCAACACACAUACUGGAACCUAGCUGGUCACAGCUCCGGUGAUAUUCUCGACCACUCCAUUCAAAUAUGGGCUACUCAAUUUACCCCUGUUGAUGAGACUGAAAUCCCCACUGGUGAAAUAAAGGCAGUAACCGGCACUCCAUUCGAUUUCUUAAAAGAGAACAAGGUAGGUAGCAGAAUCAAUGAAGUUCGUGGUGGAUAUGACCACAACUAUGUGCUAGACUGCGGAGAAGAGAAAUUGGGAUUGAAGCAUGUGGCAAAGGUGAAGGAUCCUAAGAGCUCAAGAGUCCUGAAUCUAUGGGCCGACGCACCAGGAGUGCAGUUCUAUACUGGGAAUUACUUGGAUGGAAUCACAGGCAAACAUGGAGCAAAGUAUGAAAAACAUGCAGGGCUAUGCUUGGAGACUCAAGGAUUUCCAAAUGCCAUAAACCAACAAAACUUCCCGUCUGUGGUAGUGAAGCCUGGUGAGACAUACAAGCAUUCCAUGCUAUUCGAGUUCUCAACCGAGUGAACUAUUUGGCAUUCUGCAAUUAUUUUGUAAUUUGCUUUCUUCUUCAGUUUCUCUUUGUUUGGUCUUUGUUUAGGUUUGCUAGUAGUUUAGUUUCUGUUUGUUUUUUCUUUUGUCUCAGGCUUUGUUCUGCUUUUUCUUAUUUGAAUAAAUAGCUGUUACAGCUCCUUUUCCUCCAAAAACAAUUUGGUAUUCUGCAUUCUCUUCUAGUUCUAUCUUGGUUGAUCUUUCGUUUCAGAUACAUUUGAUGGAGAAAUAAAACAUUUUUCUCAAUCUAAGCAAUAAAUUAUUUCACAUGUAUAUGUAUAUACUCUGGAAACCUAUAUGAAUGACUUCAGUUUCCUUCUAAUCUCUGCAUGUCGUAUCC